AUGACGAGCAUGUUCCAGCCCGCCCCGGAGCCCGCGACCGAGCUCGGUCGCUACCGCGUCCUCUCGAGCACGGCCGGCGUCCGCGUUUCCCCCCUCUGCCUCGGCGCCAUGUCGAUUGGUGAGGCAUGGAGCGAACACAUGGGCUCCAUGGAUAAGGAGCAGUCCUUCAAGCUCCUUGACGCCUUCCACGAUGCCGGCGGCAACUUCAUCGACACGGCCAACAACUACCAGAACGAGGACUCGGAAACGUUCAUCGGCUCCUGGAUGAAGGAGCGCGACAACCGCGACCUCAUGUUCAUCGCCACCAAGUUCACCACCGACUACCGCUCCUGGGCGCUCGGCAAGGGCAAGACGGUCAACUUUAGCGGCAACCACAAGAAGUCGCUGCACAUGUCGGUGCGCGACUCGCUGCGCAAAUUGCAGACAGACUACAUCGACCUCCUGUACGUGCACUGGUGGGACUGGACGACGUCGAUCGAGGAGCUCAUGGACUCGCUGCACAUUCUCGUCGAGCAGGGCAAGGUCCUCUACCUCGGCGCCUCGGAUACGCCCGCCUGGGUCGUGUCGGCCGCCAACACGUACGCGCGCGCCCACGGCAAGACGCCCUUCUCCAUCUACCAGGGCCGGUGGAAUGUGCUGCUGCGCGACUUUGAGCGCGACAUCAUCCCCAUGGCCCACCACUUUGGCAUGGCCCUCUGCCCGUGGGACGUCCUGGGCGGCGGCAAGUUCCAAAGCAAGAAGCAGAUCGAGGCGCGAGCCAAGGCUGGUGAGGGCUUGCGUAGCUUCUUUGGUGCCGAGCAGACGGACAUUGAGCGUCGGGUCAGCGAGGCGCUCGAGGAGGUGGCUACGGAGCAUGGCACCGAGUCCGUCCAGGCGAUCGCGCUCGCGUACGUGUUGCAGAAGACGAGGCAUGUCUUCCCCAUGAUUGGCGGCAGGAAGGUCGAGCACUUGAAGGACAACAUCACGGCUCUCAGCAUUCACUUGACCGAUGAACAGAUUGCUAAGCUGGAAAGCGUCAAAGAAUUUGAGAUCGGCUUCCCCACGAACAUGAUCGGCCAGGACCCAAGAGAGACUGGUGUGGCGCCUACGCUCGUUGGCGCCGUCGCGCCCAUUGCAUGGGAGCAAGCCCCGAAGCCAAUCUCAAAGGCGUGA